UUACACACGCUAACAGCAUAGAGCGUGUAAGCCAAAGCUACAAGUACAAUCACUCUAGACCCAACUACAUUCUCCUCGCGUGGAGGUAGCUAGCGUGUAAAUAAUCGAUCCGCAUGUACACAAAGCAAAACUGGAAAACGUCGAUAUAACACACGAAAUAGAAAACUCUUUACAGUGCUCGUCUGUGUUUUAGUAACAUCAUGACGGCGUUUCUGCCUCCGAAUUUACUAGCAUUAUUUGCUGCUCGGGAUCCGAUUCCAUAUUUACCUCCAACGGAUAAACUCGGCCAUGAGAAGAAGAGACUCGGAUAUGGCGGGGUGGCAAUAUUUUUAAAGGAAUUCGAGGAUCCAAAGGAUACCCCACCACCCACUCGAGUAGAAACGAAAGACGAAAGAAAGGAAAGAAAGAGGAAAGAACGGGCUGAGCAGAUUGCCUAUAAAUUGGAACAAGAUCUGGCUUUAUGGGAUCCUCACACAGCUAAUGCUUCUACUGACCCCUACAAAACCCUGUUUGUCGCCAGAAUUAAUUACGACACCAGCGAAUCAAAGAUCAGGAGAGAAUUUGAAGUUUAUGGCCCCAUCAGAAAAAUUAAAUUAACAACUGACAAGAUUGGCGGCAAGCCUAGAGGGUACGCCUUCAUUGAGUACGAACAUGAGCGGGACAUGCACUCUGCCUACAAGCAUGCGGACGGCAAGAAAAUUGACGGACGUCGGGUCUUGGUUGAUGUGGAAAGGGGUCGUACUGUGAAAGGCUGGAGGCCUCGUAGGCUGGGUGGAGGUCUAGGGGGUACUCGCAAGGGCGGCCCAGAUGAGAACACCCGCUUCUCUGGUCGUGAUGACUACACAACACGCAGUGACGGUGGAUACCGUGGAGAUAGAGAGCGCGCUGAACGUGCUGAGCGUGGGGAGAGGGAACCCAGCAGGGAGCCAUCGAGAGAACGGGAGCGUCCAGAGAGACGGCGUAGGUCUAAGUCACCGCGAGACCGAGAGAGGAGACGGCGUAGUAGGAGCAGGGACAGGAAACAACGGGACAAGGAGGCAGGCCCAGAAGCCCCAGCAGCAGCUCCCGAGGGGGAAGAGGAUAAGAACAGGGACCGCAAGAAGAGGUCACGUCGCAGUCGAUCUCGCGACCGUGGGGACCGGCCAGAGCGGGGGGCUGAGCGGGCAGACCGAGGCGACAAGAAACGCAGCAGGUCACGUGAUCGCAAGAGGAAGAGGUCGAGGAGCAAGGACAGGAAGAAGGAUGAGAACACCCAGGGAACCACCCGAGGAGAAGAGAACAUCAAUGAUAUCAGCGUGAAACAAGAGCCAGGAUACGAUGAGGACGAGGGAAGCCGCGAUUACCAGAACGGGGAAGACAACUCUAGGCAGGCAGACGAGGGCAGGUAUGACGAGUACGGAGAGGAGGGAAUGGUCGAGGAUAACUAGACGCAUCAACACGCCAUGGUCGAGGACAACUACACACCUCAACACACCUCAAGUGAGGGCAUGGUUGAAGACAACUAGACACAUCAACAUACCUAUAGUGUUGCAUCAUAUGUCAAGGGAGACUACUGUUAGAUUAUUGUUUAGAACGCUUAUGCUCGCCAGAAUUGAGAGAACACUUUCAAGUGAACUCUUUUAAAUUUCAUGUUAACAUUUUUGUAAGAAAUGGAAUUUAUGUGAUUCUGUUCCAUUUUACUUACCGGUAGACAGUUUUUAUUUAAAUUCAGGAACAAAUCAUGAAUAUUUUUAAAUUGAAGGCAAAGAGAAAUUCGUCUGAAAAAUGGUUUUGCUGUUGCUGUUGAUUUUAAUAUGAUUCAAAUGACAAUAAUCCGUUUCUUAUAUAUGAACUUCUGUAGGCUUUUUGUGUGAUAUGUUGUAUAUUCAUCCUGUAGAAAAAAUCAAAAUAAAGCUGAAGUGUUUACCUGCAA